GUGGGUGAGUCUCGUAUAAAGAAAAGGGCCUCUAACCUGGACCAGGUAAGAUCUGGUGUGAGAAAGGGAAACUUAGAGGCAGAGAAACAGACACUUGGUGGAAAAAAUGCUGAAUAUCGCUCUUUUGCACUAUGUUACUGGGGCUCAAGGUCAUACUUCACUAAGGAAUGUAGCUCAGAGAGUACUUGGGUUCUCUUUAACAUAGAGCUUUUGGGUGAAGACCUCACUUGACAUGUGUUCUGUGCAGCCAAAGGGCUUUGCCUUACUGAAGACCUGCUGCCCCCUGAUGGCAGAUUUAUGAGGUGCAUCUCAUCCACGCCGUUUUCUGGUGUCUGUCUCGACAAUGGCCUGGUCAAUGUUACCUGCAAACUUGUGGAGUCGGAAGACCUUUUCGCUGAGAUCCAAGGAUCUGGCAAAGAGAUCUGCAGAGAGGACCACCAGAUCUGUAACUGUUCUUCUUUCUGCAGUGGUAAAGCUGCGUACUACACCCUGGUCCUCAAUGUCACAAGUCCCACAUUCACCAUGACUGAUCUCAAGACCACAGUUUCCCAACUAGGCAUUGACCCUGAUUGCAAAAGCAUGCCACAGGAUCAUUGUGUGUUAUUCACCACUGUGGCUCAGGUGUACCAGGGUGUGCAUCUGGAAUGUCACGGCACAGAGAUACGGCUGCACAGCUGCAUGGUGAUAGUGAAGCUGGUCCGUCCACUGGAUGUCUGUGCUCUGAGCUCAGUUGUAACUGCACUGCUUCAACAUAAUACGGACAUCUCGUACGAUGGGAUAAUUACACGAGCGGCAAUCUGUGGCUGGCUUUCAGAACCCUCUUAUGACCUGCUGGACUCCAACUUCACCUGGGUCUCCACUGACCUGAGCCUUUCUCAGAUUUGUGAGGAGAAUGACCCCAUCAUACUCACUUGCCAAGAGGGUGAAACUCUUAGCGUGCUCCUAAAUGAAACCUGUAAGGACCUUUCCACUCCUGUAACCAAUGGCAAAAUACUAAAAUUCUCGACGGUGAACAAAAGAGCACAGCCCUUCAGCUCAACAGAGUACAUAACCACAUCCUUACCAUCAAACGCGACCCAGUACAACACCACAACCUUACCAUCAAAUGUGACCCAGUCCAACGCCACAUCCUUACCAUCAAACGCGACCCAGUCCAACGCCACAGCUUUAUCAUCAAACGUGACCCGGUCCAACGCCACAUCCUUACCAUCAAACGCGACCCAGUACAACGCCACAACCUUACCAUCAAACAUGACCCAGUACAACACCACAGCUUUACCAUCCAGCUCGACCCAGUACAACACCACAUCCUUACCAUCAAACAUGACCCAGUCGAACACCACAUCCUUACCAUCAAACACGACCCAGUCCAACACCACAUCCUUACCAUCAAACGCGAUCCAGUACAACGCCACAACCUUACCAUCAAACGCGAUCCAGUACAACGCCACAACCUUACCAUCAAACAUGACCCAGUACAACGCCACAACCUUACCAUCAAACAUGACCCAGUACAACACCACAGCUUUACCAUCCAGCUCGACCCAGUACAACACCACAUCCUUACCAUCAAACAUGACCCAGUCGAACACCACAUCCUUACCAUCAAACACGACCCAGUCCAACACCACAACCUUACCAUCAAACAUGACCCAGUACAACACCACAACCUUACCAUCAAACAUGACCCAGUACAACACCACAACCUUACCAUCAAACGCGAUCCAGUACAACGCCACAACCUUACCAUCAAACGCGAUCCAGUACAACGCCACAACCUUACCAUCAAACACGACCCAGUCAAACACCACAUCCUUACCAUCAAACACGACCCAGUCCAACACCACAACCUUACCAUCAAACAUGACCCAGUACAACACCACAACCUUACCAUCAAACGCGAUCCAGUACAACGCCACAACCUUACCAUCAAACGCGAUCCAGUACAACGCCACAACCUUACCAUCAAACAUGACCCAGUCAAACACCACAUCCUUACCAUCAAACACGACCCAGUACAACACCACAACCUUACCAUCAAACAUGACCCAGUCCAACACCACAACCUUACCAUCAAACGCGACCCAGUACAACACCACAGCUUUACCAUCCAAUGUGACCCAGUCCAACACCACAGCUUUACCAUCCAACAUGACGCAGUGCAACACCACAGCUUUACCAUCAAACACAACCCAGUACAACACCACAUCCUUACCAUCAAAGCCAAGACUUGGCAAUGGAACAGCUUUCACAUUAAAAAGAACACAAGGUAAUGUAAUUGCAUUUCCUUCCAUGAACGCAACAGACUUUUACACCACAAAUGCCUUGUCUAAUGCAAAAACAAACCAAACCACCAUGAACACCACUGCUGGAACGGUCGCUUCCAAUACAACUUCAGUCAUCACUAGCACCACCACAGCAACAAACUCCAGACGGCUUCCUGUACGUCCUGCAGAGAUGCCCACCAACAUUGCCUCGGAACACUCGACUGCGAGUUCCACCCCAGUGAUGAGCUUGGAGGAGCAUGCGAUCUGCCUGCUGAACAAGACAAGAGAACUUCCUGCUGUUAACUCCACUCUGAUGGGACAGUGGGUGUCCCAGCUGGAGGGGCUGCUGUCAGGACCCAACAUCAGCCUCACCCUGGGAAGUACUGCCAUUUCCAUCGUCAGUAACCUGCUCCAUGCCAAUACAGCUGUUUUAGCACCCUUCUCCACCAGGAUCAUCAGAAUAGUGGAUACUGUGGGUCUGAAGCUGGUCUUGGAAGACAAGAUGGAGAUGGUCUCGGCAGAGUUACUGGCUUUGGCUGUCACCAGAGUGAAUGGUUUCAGCUUUCAGGAGACCUCUUUCUCGAUCUCUGAUCCUUCCAGCUUGCAGAUCAGUGUGAGAAAUGGGCCUAGAUCCAGGGGGAGUGCUCUGUUUCUGGGCUCCAUCACACUGCCCCCUUCUCUGACUGAUGGCCUGACCUCCCAGGAACAAAUGCUUGCCUCCCGUGUUCAGUUCAGCUUCUACCAGAACAGCACCGUGUUUCAAGAUAGAGGCCUUGGAAACAGGAAGCUUAACAGUGGGGUGCUGGGGACCAGUGUGGCGAACCUGUCAAUCAGUGGACUGAAGGAAGAUGUGGUCAUCACCCUGAAGAACAGAGAGCCAGUGAUGGGGAAUUUUGUUACUACUUGUGUGUUCUGGGACUUUGGCUAUAAUGAUGGAACAGGGGGUUGGAACCCCACCGGCUGCCACGUUCAGGACACUACCUAUAAUGUCACUGUGUGCAGCUGUAACCACCUGACAAGCUUUACAGUGCUGUUGGACUUUUCGAGAGGGGGCAUCACAAAUGUCCUGCAGGCCACCGUUCUCGCCUACAUCACCUACAUCGGCUGUGGGAUCUCGGCUGUUUUCCUCUCAGUUACAUUGCUGACCUACCUGGGGUUCGAGAAGUUGCGCAAGGACAUUCCUUCCAAGAUUCUGAUCCAGCUGUGCCUGGCCCUCCUGCUGCUCAAUUUGGUUUUCCUGCUGGACCCUUGGCUUGCGCUGUACCCCAGUGCCACUGGCCUCUGCAUUUGUACUGCCUUCUUCCUACAUUACUUCCUGCUUGUCUCGUUCACUUGGAUGGGCUUGGAGGCCUUCCACAUGUACCUGGCUCUUGUCAAGGUCUUCAACACCUAUGUGUCCAGAUACAUGCUCAAGUUCUCACUCGUGGGAUGGGGGGUCCCUCUUGUGGUGGUCAUCAUUGUUAUUGCCAUCAACAAAGACAACUAUGGCCAGAUCUCCUAUGGGAAGUACCGUGAUGGAUCAACAGAUGACUUCUGCUGGCUGAAGAAUGAUAUCGCCUUUUAUGUGGCCGUGGUUGCAUACUUUUGCCUGGUGUUCCUGCUCAACAUGGCUAUCUUCGUGGUGGUUCUGGUGCAGCUGUGUCGGAUCAAGCAACAGAACCCCCACGACUCCCAGCACAGGAAUGUGUUGCAAGACCUACGCAGUGUUGCCAGCCUCACAUUUCUCCUGGGCCUAACAUGGGGCUUUGCCUUUUUUGCCUGGGGACCAGUUAACCUUGCUUUCAUGUACCUCUUCUCCAUCUUCAACUCCCUGCAGGGAUUUUUUAUCUUUGUAUUCCACUGUGCCGUCAAGAAGAGUGUGCGGCGGCAAUGGAGGGCAUACUUAUGCUGUGGCAGUUUACGACUGCUUGAGAACUCAGAGUGGAGCAGGACCAACAGGCACUCUGUGAUCACAGCGCCCUCUAUCCAUUCCUCCAACAUGUUCAGCGCAUCCUUCCUGGCCAGUGACACUGGGGGCAUCAGACAUCUCGAGGGCAAUGAAAGCCCAUUUGAUGACAGCACAAUAAUGUUCCCAGAUGAUCAACAUGAGAACGUCAGCAGACAGAGGAUGCGGACAUCAGAGUGAAUCCUUGUACGUGACUGGCCUAUAGUCAGGAUAUGGACAAUACUGCUGAUAGAUCUACACAAUAUUCAUCUUUCCCGGAAACUUCCAGACCGGUGACACAGGAAGAACACCCAGCUAUAACACAACGUGUAACUGUACAGAGCAGAACAAACUUUGGCUCAUGAACACAAUAUCCUGUGGUCCCUAUGUAGACGAGUGGAGAAGAGUACCAAUCCAUGGUACAUUACUGGGCAAGAUACUCCAAUUCAUGGCAUGUUCUGCUGACCUAAGGUGCACGCAAAGAUUUGCAUUUCACUCCAAGCCUA